CUUCCCGGUAGUAAUGAGCGCUGGAACGAUGGAGGUGGAUGCUGUGAUGGUUUCAACGCGGCCGUGGGUGUGAGCGCUCCUCGGCCCGUUGUCGUGGAGUGUCCGUAGAAAGGCGUGUGGCUCGACUUGAGCUGCGCCUCUGGCCUGCAGAGACUUCUUCACUGCCUGGUUGUCAAUGUAACACAGGAGAAAAACAACAACAGCAACAGCAGCAGCACAUCCGGCCUUGGAAUGGCUCAGGACCGCGGCAAGUACGACUUCUACAUCGGCCUGGCUCUGGCUGUCAGCUCCAGCAUCUUCAUCGGCGGCAGCUUCAUCCUCAAGAAGAAGGGCCUGCUGCGUUUGGCCAGGAAGGGAUCCAUGCGAGCCGGUCAGGGCGGCCAUGCUUAUCUCAAGGAGUGGCUCUGGUGGGCUGGUUUACUUUCAAUGGGUGCGGGUGAAGCCGCCAACUUUGCAGCGUAUGCCUUCGCCCCCGCCACUCUGGUCACGCCUCUGGGCGCCCUCAGCGUGUUGGUCAGCGCGGUGCUGUCGUCGUACUUCCUGAGCGAGCGCUUGAACCUUCACGGCAAGCUGGGCUGUCUGCUCAGUGUGCUGGGCUCCACGACCAUGGUCAUACACGCCCCCAAAGAGGAGGAGAUCAGCAGCCUGGAGGACAUGGCGCGAAAGCUGGUCGACCCAGGCUUCUUCAUCUUCGCCACGGCGGUGGUCACGGUGGUGUUGGUGUUGAUUUUGGCGGUGGCCCCACGCCACGGUCAGACCAACAUCCUGGUGUACAUCAGCAUCUGCUCGCUCAUCGGCUCGCUGUCCGUGUCGUGCGUCAAGGGCCUUGGCAUCGCCAUCAAGGAGGCGCUGGGCGGCGUCAAUGUGGCGCGCGCCCCCCUGGCCUGGCUGCUUGUGGUGGGCCUGCUGGUCUGCGUGGGGACGCAGAUCAACUUCCUCAACAAGGCGCUGGACAUCUUUAACACGUCCCUGGUGACGCCCAUCUACUACGUGUUCUUCACCACUUCCGUGCUAACCUGCUCGGCAGCGCUCUUCAAGGAGUGGCAGCACAUGGGCGCGGCGGACGUCAUCGGCACAUUGGCCGGCUUCCUCACCAUCGUGGUGGGCAUCUUCCUGCUGCACGCCUUCAAGGACGUCAGCGUCAGCUUGGCCACGCUGGCCGCCGCCGUGCGCAAGGACCAAAGGCACGCCAACGGCGCCUACGCCGACGCCAACGGCACGUACCAACUCCUCCACAGCAACGCCGACGUGGACGAAGAGCGCGAGACGCCGUUCGACGCCGUCUCCAGGCGCAAUGGGACCUUGGUGUCGUAGAGACAAUCUGGUCCAAUGGAUUCUACUUGUUUUCCUUUGCCUUACUUUCCCCCCCUUGUCUCUUUCCAUUCAGUUGUAGCACUGGGGGGGGGGGGGAUGGCUGUGUUGGGAAUCACUACUGUCCACGAUGGCACUGUGGGAAACCUUUUUAUCGUGGGCCCCACACGCAAGGAGGAAGUUAUGAAGUGAAGAUCAUGAACUUGACCUCCAUGUAUGGCGCAUAUACAAUUGCCCUUCCAUUUAUACAGUUCAGGAAAGUAAUCAAGAAAUCACAGCCAGUUUCUCAAGAUUUUGCUGUGGAGCAAUACAAUAGUUCUCUGCUAUUCACCGGAGAUGAAGAUGAGGCCAGCCUGCAAACAGGGAAAAUCUCUGUAUAAUCAACACCCAUCAAAAUUUAAAAAAUCAAUUAAAAAAAAAAGAGAAUUAUUAAAAAAAAAGUACAAUAAAUAAAUCUG